AUGCCAAAAAUAAAGUCAAAAAAACUCGGUUAUGAUCAUAAAGAAGCUCAAAGCUCCUCAAAGGUUGCCUCCUACUCGUCAAAAAACAACGCUAUGCGUGCAUUUGGUCCCUUAUUUAAUAAAGAGCUUGGUCAACAUAUACUAAAAAACCCGCUUAUAGCUCAAGGAAUAGUGGAUAAGGCAGGUCUGAGAACUUCUGAUGUUGCACUAGAAGUGGGUCCUGGUACUGGUAACUUGACAAUGAAAUUAUUAGAAAAGGCUAAAAAGGUUGUAGCUGUGGAAAUGGAUCCGCGCCUUGCAGCUGAACUGGCAAAACGUGUACAAGGAAAACCAGAACAGAAACGUUUAGAAAUCAUAAUAGGUGACGUUAUAAAGACGGAAUUGCCUUAUUUCGAUAUAUGUAUAAGUAAUACACCAUUUCAGAUUUCCUCGCCUUUGAUUUUCAAAUUUCUAGAACAUCGACCUCUCUUUCGAUGUGCAGUUCUCAUGUUUCAACGUGAAUUUGCUUUACGGCUAAUUGCUAAGCCUGGAGAGUCUCUUUAUUGUCGGCUCAGCGUGAAUGCUCAAAUGUUCUUUAAAAUAGAUCACAUAAUGAAGGUUGGUAAAAAUAAUUUCAAGCCACCACCUCAAGUAGACGCUUCAGUCGUAAGAAUGGAACCGAGGAAUCCUCCUCCCUCCGUUGAUUUUGCAGAGUGGGAUGGAUUAUUGCGAAUUGCGUUUAACAGGAAAAACAAGAUGGUAGAAGAUCCACUUAACAUAAAACAAAAAGUGCAAAACGUGCUGGAAUCUAUUGCUAUGGCUGAAACCAGGGCAGCUAAAAUUGAUUUGGAUGGCUUUUUGAAGUAUGCAGAUUUGUUUUCUUGA